UAUUGAAUGCAUAUCGGAUACAAUAUACGGUGACACAUCUCCCCACAAGAUGGCGAGUCUUGCAGCUAUUAAUAUCGAGCAAGGCAUAUUCGGGAUAGAGAACUGCUCAGCCACGACCUCCAAGUUCAUCGAAUCAGGCUAAUUGGACGGCUUGAUCCUUGGAGUCCUUUUAACAACAUGAUGAUCUUGUCGAACUUCUGGCAAGUCGACCCUCCUCUUUAAAUCACCUUCCCUUGACUAGUAAUUAUGCCAGCAUGUGGGCAUAAUUAAUACCUCCAACUAUGGACCCAAAAGCAACUCCGAAAGAGUCUGCAAGCGAGCUGGGAGCUUGAGUCUGGCGCGACGGACCUGCCAGCCAGAGCAGAGCAACCACCGAGAUGCUACAAGCCCACUCCAUUGCGGUGGCCAUUUAUCGUCACGCAGAUAUUUCUUCUCACGCAUACCCUCGCCUCGGUUGUGUACGUUUGGCAUCUAAAGCCUGGUUCAGACAGGCCACAUACCUCAAAGCAAGAGCCGCAGAGACAGACCUUCCCGGACGGAGAGGUAGAGAACAGGACAACCGCCCAAGAGAAGCAACCACUGUUCUUCCAACCACUGUUCUUCUUCCAACCACUGUUCUUCUUCCAACCACUGUUCUUCUUCCAACGACAUUCACGGUUCUGCGGCCAACAAUAUUCGUGUCGGGACAAUGGACUACAGAAACAACGUCCGAAAUAACCACUGGUGCAAACCCCUCAAGAUGGAUAACAUAUACCGAAACACUCAUCGCGAUCCGCACGACAACACUGACACUAACGCCAUCCGUUCAACCCGCCAUGAGCUCCGGGGCCUUGACCGUAAUCCUGACGGGCACACGACCCGAAACACAAGCUAUCAUGACCACAAGUCCGAAACCGCGAGUUACGUCCACCACCAACCAACAUGGGCUGACAUCCGUGUUCUUGACGACGCCUCCUGCCGAGACCCUCACGACCGUCUUUCCCACGCAAACAUCAACAAUGACCCUGGAAGCCGCCAUCAGCGGCCCGUCAGCAAUCAUAUCAUUCGUCAUCUACACGACAUUUGACGCGUCGACACCCAGCGCACCCACCACGCAGCCCCCUUCAGUCGCGUUUAUCACGGCGAUAGAAAACGGCACCGAAACUACGCUGGUUUCCAUCCUAAUUCCGAUCAUGGAGGCCGGCGGCGCGGCGGAACCGCUACUCCACCACGCCCCUUCUGCCGGGAAGGAGGAGAGCCUGGAGCGAGGUCGACGCGACAGUGACACCACUAGAAGGGAGAAGUUUCGAGGCACGCCAUUCGUCUGUCUCGAGAGGGUCCACUAAGCCCCCUCAACUACAUCCUGUUCCGGCCCGGCGGACUGAUAUGAUUCCUCCAAUGUCAGGCGUCGCUACUGUUAGCCCAUUCUUCCUCAUGGCGCAAGCCCCCGACGGCCAGCCCGCAGCCGCGUCCUUGCUGCUGCCACGGCCCACGAAUGAGUUCUACAGCCUCUCCGCCUCUAUUCGACACUACAGGCGCCACCCGUUUCUCAUCAU